AAUGUAAAACUACACCUUCAACAAAGAUGCCUUUAUCGAAAUGCUUCCCUUGUCUGCAAUUCAAGAACGAGGAAGUUGUUAGUAAACUGGACUACAGUAAUACCGUACUCACCGAUGUGUUCCCACUGGUUUGGCAGCAUGAGAGGACUCUGGAAGAACUGUACUUGACAUCGACCCGAAUUAACAAUCUACCACCGCAGCUCUUCUACUGUCAGGGCCUAAAGAUUCUCCAUGCCAACAAUAAUAAUCUCGAGACUAUACCCGAGGCGGUGGGGACCUUGCGUCAAUUGCAGCAGCUCAAUUUGAAUCGCAACUACAUUUCCAAUGUACCAGACAGUAUUAAGUCUUGCAAGAAUCUGACCCAUUUAGAUCUUAGCUGUAAUACACUGCAACGCUUGCCGGAUGCCAUUACAUCGUUGAUAUCGCUGCAGGAAUUGUUGCUAAAUGAAACCUACAUGGAAUUCUUACCGGCCAACUUUGGUCGGCUGGUUAAUCUCCGUAUAGUGGAGUUGCGCCUCAACAACUUGGUAUCCUUGCCAAAAUCGAUGCAGCGACUGACGAAUUUACAGCGUCUGGAUAUUGGCGGCAACGAGUUUACCAAAAUGCCCGAUGUUGUCUUUGAACUGAAACAGUUGCGCGAGUUCUGGUUCGAUUUCAAUCAAAUACGCGAAAUACCGCCCAUGGCUGGUAAACUGCGUGAACUGCAGCAUUUCGAGGCCAAUGGAAACUUCAUCAGUUCGCUGCCAAACGAGAUAAGCAACUGGCACAAUUUGGAAGUGAUCUCGAUCUCUACAAACGACUUGACAACAUUCCCAUUUAGCAUAGGCAUGCUAAAGUCCCUGGUUACCUUCAAGUGCGAGUCGAACGAACUCACCGAGCUACCCGAUAGUAUUUCCAACCUGGAGAAUCUCGAAGAACUGGUGAUAAGCCACAACAAGGUGAAACGUUUGCCCAACACGAUAGGCCUUCUGAGAAAACUGAGGUAUCUGUUUGCCGACGAUAACGACUUACGUCAGCUGCCCGAUGAAAUCUGCUCUUGCAGCAAUCUGAGCGUCCUCAGUGUCAGUCGGAACAAAAUCGCCGAGUUGCCAAGCAAUAUUGGCCACCUGCGGCAGCUCAAAGUAUUGAACAUUGUCCAGAAUCACAUCGCCACAUUGCCUGUGUCGGUAUUUAGUUUAGUAAAUUUGACUUCCCUAUGGAUAAGCAAUAACCAGGCUCAGCCAUUGGUGCCAUUGCAAUAUGUGGACGCCACCAAGAAAACGCAUUUAACCUGUUUCAUGCUGCCCCAGCUUGGCUCUAAGCAGAACACCAGAGGCAAAGAAAACGAAUCAGAAGACCAGCUACACAAUAGCAUAAGACGGCAACCGCACAGUGCUGCGGCGGUCCGCAAUAACUGUGUAAGUCCCACUCGUCGCAUAUGUUUUGCUGAGGAAACCACAAUACUCAAUACGAAUCAAAAUUCACCCACAACUGGAACGACAACCGGAAAGACCAGCGAACCUGACGAUUUGUUGCCAGUGCCUUUGCCUCAGCAGCAACCACCGCAACCCUCCACAUCCGCAGCGGCGCCCACUUCCUUUGUUAUGCCCUCAAAUGCGUACGGUGGUACAAGCCAGAUACGGGAUAAUGUUCAUUUUGUACCUGCAGCACAAGCUAAAGACUUUCUAAUGCGUUCUCCAACUCCGUAUCCCAAGGAAUUGCGGCUUAUGGCGAAGUAUUUGCGCCGUAAUCAGCACAAACCUUAUGAGGAACAGUACAACCAGCAAGUUGGAAAUAUUAGUGAAACUGCAAAUGGUGUUCCAAGUGGCCAGCAGGAAUUUGUUCAGUUUAUACCCAGCAAUCAGUCGGGCGCGACAUAUGUCACCAAUUAUGCUUUGCAUCAUUCUCCCAGGGAGGGUGGCGACCAAAUUAUUCUGCAAACGCAUCCUUCCUCUGUUCAAUGGCAACAACAGCAACCGUACCAACAGAUCAAUGAAACCGCACACUUACCCGCCCAUGGCAUGGGUGUUGUGCCCAAUGGAAACAUUUACUAUGAGCAAAAUAGUCCAACUGCAGUUUACCAGCAAUAUCACCAGCAGCAACAGCAGCUGCCUAUUAAUCAACAGCCAAUACAGGAAUACUACUACCAACAACAAGAACAACCAAAUACAUUGUCGCCAUCUCAACCACAAGAACCAAUAUACUUCCAUUCCAAUAUGAUGACCCAUCAAAUGAGUCAAAUGACGCUCGGAACAGCAAAUGGAAAUUUGCCUGAUCCGCCACCGUAUCACAUUGCUCGGAGUUUCACCAAAAAGACACCAGAAGACUUGACAAACUACGAGGUUAUACGGCAAAAACAACAACAACAACAGCAGCAACAAAAUCACACUAUGGAGAAUAUUGAUGGACAUUCUCAUGAAAUCUACCAAAUGAUACAACCGUUGACGACGAAUGAAACGGACUAUCAGAAUAAUUUUAAAACUUCACAUAUAACCCAGCAAUAUGAUGCCCCGACCAGUGCAUCACGGAGUCAAAAUCAUACAAUGGACAACAGCACAGAUACGACAGAUACUGCAAUACUCGACACCAAUGCUACAAAGGAGAAUAAUAACAUUACAGCAGACAACUCAAGAACAGCAUCACCACACAUGAACGCAGCUCCAAACGCAAGUAAGCCCAACAACAGUAAAAGCAAAACUCCAUGGCUCUUUGGAGUACAUAAGAAUCCUACUGUCAAACAAAUCUCAUUGAAAUGGGAAACGGAACGUGGUUUCCAAAUAGACGCCUUGCCCAAUAAAGAAGGCAUUUACGUCGUCGCGACCACGCCAGAUACCGAUGCAUCACGACUAUUGUGUCUCUACGACAAACUAUUAGAUGUGGACGGAUGUGAUUUUACAAAUAUUAGUGUAAACGAAGCCCGCCAAGUAUUAGACAACACUGGAAAUGUAGUCAGCAUUAUGCUUUCACGUAGAUAAACCUAAUGUUACUGAAGAGC